CAGUUUCUUGAGAGUUAUUGAUGAGUAAACAUCGAGUUUUGAGGGCAAGGCAAUCGUAAAAAAGAAUAAUGCAAAAUAUAGGUAUUCCAAGAGUUAUUUCCCAAAGAGGGAAAAAUUCAUUGGAAAUAGAAAAGGAAAAUUUCGAAAAGCAUCAGCUGCAAAGUAUGACCAAAGCUGUCAAUACAAUUGAGUGUCCAGUUAAAGAAAAACAUAUACGUUCUCUUAUUGUUGGAACAUUCCAUGAAAAAAAUGCCAUCCGCUUUUGGAAUAUAGCAAGGCGUAUGGAUUUACAAGGGAAUCAAAUCACUUGUUGGAAAUUUUGUCAUGUCCUACAUAAAGUUUUAAGAGAGGGAUUCUCUCCUAGAACAGUUAGAGAUUCUAUACACUAUAUCGACUGGAUAUCAAAUAUAGGUCGUUUAUGGAGUCAUUUAGAAGAUGGUUACGGAAAAUUAAUCUAUCAUUACGUUCAUUUAUUGACAGUCAAGUUAAAAUUUCAUGCAAAGUAUGAAAAAUUUCCUGGCAAUAUGGAAAUUAAGGAUGAUGAAAUGCAUAAAAUGUGUAAAAAAGAUAUCAAUAAUUACUUCGAAUUAUGCGUCGACAUGUUAGAUUAUAUGGAUGGUAUACUCUUGGUACAAAAACAAGUCUUCUCUUCCAUUGAUAUGUCCAGGGCUGCUUCUAUGACCGCACAUGGUCAAUGCAGACUGGCCCCACUUAUCAUCUGUAUUCAAGAUUCCUGCCCACUAUACGAUUAUAUAGUAAAAUUACUGUUUGAUCUUCACGCAAGUUUACCAUCCGAUACACUUUCCGGACAUCGAAGGAGAUUUCAACAUCAGUAUGAGAAAUUAAAGGAGUUUUAUAAAAAAUCAUCAAAUUUAAUUUAUUUCAAAAAUCUUAUCAAGUUACCUCAAUUGCCAGACAGAGCACCAAAUUUUCUAAUUGCUUCCGAAAUAACUGAUCAUCAAAAACCUGUGGCUAUUGUGGAAUCGCAACCUCCAGAACCAGAACAAAUGGAAGGCAUCCUUAUCGAUACAACUGAGGCACUUGCUAAUGAACCUCCACCUCCAUCACCGGCACCUGUUCAAAAAGCCCCUGUACCUGACGAAAGAGAUGUAAUUUUAGAGUCAUUACGCAGGAAAGUAAAAGAGUCAAAUGCGGAAAUUGAUUUUACACGACGAGAAUCGGAAAUGAUACAAGAAUCUCAAAAUAGUAGAAUUAGAGAUUUAGAACAGGAAGUUGAAGAAUUAAAAAUGAUAGCUAGACAAACUUGCGAAGAAAAUGAAGGGUUAAAGAAUGUUGUUAAAUCUCAAGCAACGAAUGAACAGUCAAAACAAGAGCUUUUGGAGAGGCUACAGUCGGCAGAAAAGUCAAGCCGUCUACAAGUCGAAAAAUUCAAUAAACUACGAGAAAUGUAUAAUUCUCUUACAGAUAAACACGCCGAUCUAUUAAGACAAGAGAAGAGUUUAAGAAUUUCAUUGCACGAAGCCAAUAUGGCGAAAGAUACACUUGUUCAAUCAACGUCCGUUAGAGCCGAAGAGUUAGCAUCGAAAUUAGAUUAUGUUAAUCAAAUUGAAAGCGAUUUAGAAAAGUUAAAGAUCGAAAACGACGUUCUUACCAGAGAAAAGGAAGAUGAUAAACUUAAUGCCGAAAGAUUAAAAUCCGAAAUAGAACAGAGGCGUAGCGAGGCAGAUAUGCUAAGGAUGGAAAUAAACGAUGAAAGAAAUAAAAUUGAAAGAAUAAAAUCCGAUCUAAACAGGGUCCAAAAUCAAGGGGAACAACAGCAGAGUUUCUUUGAAAAAGAAAAGGAAGAACUAAACUUAACAAGAGAUAAACUAUUAAAUGAAAUUAAAAUAAAUCGCCAUAAUUUAUUUCUAGUAGUCUCAAAUAAGUCUAAACUAGAGAUUGAAGAGUCAAAAACUAUUGCAGAACAUCAGGCAAUGACCUCGUGUACGAGUAAUGCUGAAUUUCUUAUACAUAUAAUCGAACCAACUGUUAGAGUUGUUCAAGAAAUUAAAAAUAUUGUCAGAGGCUUAAAACAUGACGAAGACUCAAUUACGCCAAAAAUAAUGGAACAGUUUAUUUCUCUUGCCAAUCAAAUCAGUGAAAUUAUUAUUUUUAGCAAAUGUACUUCUAAUACAACGCCAAUUGAACAAGGAGAGCAGCUUGUUUUCAUUUCUAAGAAGUGUUCAGACAGUGCUGUAUGUCUACUAAAUAACUUAUUAACGGAUAGUGUUGAUAAAUGGAACGAUUCAAUAGAUUUGUUAAAGGAAGAUCUUGACAAAUUAUUAUCAUUAGCUAAUAAUUUAGUUCCGAAAGUUGAAGAUAUUCAAAAGGAAGAAGUUGUUGAUUUACUCAAUAUGGAAAUGUCGGAAAUGUCCGCUCAAAUUGAAGCGGCGUCGAAUAAAAUACAAGAUAUAAUGGAUGCUGCGAGAGCGAAGAAUAAGGGUGUUGAACUAGAAGUAAACGAAUCUGUUCUUGGUUCGUGCACCGAUUUGAUGCUUGCCAUUAAAAUAUUGGUGGAACGCUCAAAGGAUCUUCAAGAUGAGAUAGUCGAGCAAGGUCGAGGAUCUACUAGUGCUAAAGAGUUUUAUAAGAAACAUCAUAGAUGGACAGAAGGCUUAUUAUCGGGUGCUAAGGCAGUAGGCUGGGCUGCAAAUGCAUUAGUAGAUUCAGCUGACAAAGUCGUUCAGGGACAAGCUAAGUUAGAGAAACUUAUUGUUUGCUCUCAAGAAAUAGCAGCAUCAACAACACAACUUGUCGUCGCCUCAAAGGUUAAGGCUUCCAGUGGUAGCAAAGCCAUGAGCCGAUUAUCAGAGGCCAGCAAGGGUGUUACAAAGGCUACUGGAACAGUGGUAGCGUGUGCAAAGUCCGGCUCUAAGAGAAUAGUUGAAGAGAGUCUUAUGGAUUAUUCAAAAAUUACCUUACAUCAAGCGAAAAGAUUGGAAAUGGAUAGUCAAGUUAAAGUUUUAGAACUUGAAAGCGCCUUGGAAAAGGAGAGGAUACACUUUGCAGAAUUGAGAAAACGCCAUUAUCAGUUAGCUGGUGAAAGUGAAGGAUGGGAUGCUGAAGAUAUUGUAAGUGUUUCGUCUAUUUCCUUAUUUUUAUAAUCAUACCGUAAUCGAUUUAAACUAAUAUCUUUUCUUUACUCUCCUCUCCUAUCAAUCUAUCGAUUCUUCUUUGCCACAAUUAAUAAAAAAUACAAACAAAUAAACAAACAAAACUAACAGAUGAAGUGCGGUUAAGGAAUGUAAGAUUAAUCAAAACUUUUAUAAUAUGUAUUUUCCUUUUACCUUUGUUUUUUUUACAAAUAUAUUCAAUUUGUAUUUUCAUUUUUGCUUGCUAAAUGUUAGAUUUUCUGUUCAUAUAUAGUUUAUAUAUCUAUUUAUUUAUUUAUUUUUUCAAGUAUAUACUGUAAAAAGGUAUAAUAGUAGCUUCUUUUUUUUAUUUUAGACUAUGCUCAUUUCUUUUAAUAAGAUAAUCUAUUAUUCAUUAUAUAAAGCUAUUAAUUUUAUCUAUUUAAUCCUUAGAAUGAAUCAAACGGCUCUAUUCAAUCGAACUGAAUUUGCAAUGGGAAAAGGAUAAACGAAAAUGUGUUUCAAAAAAAUUUAAUAUGUACAAUAUAACGGCAGGAGAAAUUUUCCAUACCAGAUAUUAUUUUAAAGGAUAACCGGCAUAGUUUUGUUUGAAAAAAAUUGAUUAUUAUAAAAGAGGAUUUUAUCUAGUUCGAUAUACGUUGUUCACAAAAUAUCUGCUAUAUUUGUGGAAAAUUACAUGUCAAAAUAGAUAAUAUUCGUUUAAAAAUAAUCUUGGUAUGAACAAUUUCCUCUGCAAUUGUAUAUACAUAAACUACAUGAUACAAAAGCGAACAGGGAAAAAAAAAGAGCUAAAUGGAAAAUUGCUUCUAUGAUUCUGUUUAUAGAGCAAAGUGCAAUUAGUUUAUAAUUCUUAAAUAAUUUAUAUAUAUAUAUAUAUAUAUAU